AACGUGGGAACAUGCCGAUUGAUCUUGGACAUUUUUUGUCCUACAUAAACAGCUCGCGUGCAUGCUCGUUCCCGCUCUUUCUUGCGUUUUCUCUAGAGAUGCAGCAUUCCCUUGGCUCUGUUGACACCAGUGCUUACGGUGUGAGUGAAAAGAAGAUCUCUCUUUGGCCUUUCACAUCGGAUUGUCAGCGUUCAUCCUGAGAGUGAGAACACGAACUUCCACUACGAAGAUCAACAUGCUUCUCCCACUUGUUGGUGUCCUCGCGGCCGGCGUGGCUGCAGUCCCCGGUCCUGUGGUGCAUAAUGGUCGAGGCAUGGGACCUAAACUCCAAGUCUCACCGCGACAACUCCCUGCAGAGCCUACCGACGUCCAGACCAUCAUCAGUCCCAGCGGUGCCAACAUCACCUACAAAGAGCCUGGGAAAGAAGGAGUCUGUGAGACCACUCCCGGUGUCAACUCCUAUGCCGGGUUCAUCAACCUCGGCGAGAAUGUUCACAGCUUUUUCUGGUUCUUUGAAUCAAGAAAUGAUCCUGCAAAUGAUCCUAUCACCCUCUGGCUGAAUGGCGGUCCUGGCAGUGACUCUCUUAUUGGCUUGUUCCAAGAACACGGACCGUGCAACGUCACUGAAGAUCUCAUGACGCAGCUAAACCCACAUUCCUGGAACGAGGCUUCCAAUAUGAUAUAUCUCAGUCAGCCUCUCGGUGUUGGUUUCUCAUACGGGUCCAAGGCACCGGGAUCAUUGGACAUUUUUGGAGGGUUCCUGAAUGCGUCUCAAGCAAACGUCACCGGAAGAUAUCCAGUCAUCAAUAUCACUGAGAUCGAUACAACUCAGCUAGCCGCUGUGGCUGCAUGGGAAGUGUUGCAAGGAUUCUACUCGGCAUUGCCCCAGCUUGACUCCAAGGUCCAAUCUACCAAGUUCAAUCUAUGGACCGAAUCUUACGGAGGACACUAUGGCCCAGCAUUCUUCAACUAUUUCCAGCAGCAAAACCAGGCCAUCCAGAACGGCACCCAGACGGGCAAGUAUUUCGAAUUUGUCAACCUAGGCAUCAUCAAUGGCAUCAUCUCCGAAUAUGUUCAAGCUCCAUACUAUCCCAAAUUUGCUGUCGAAAACACCUACGGCAUUCAACUUGUCAACCAGACCGUGCACGAUUAUAUGGAGUUUGCCUGUUACAUGUCCAACGGGUGUCUAGACCAGAUCUCAUUCUGUGCCGAGGCCGACACCACCACGCUCAUUGGACAGGCAGUCUGUAGUGAGGCUCAAUCCAUGUGUCGUGACAACGUCGAAUCUCCUUACUACUCGUACGGCGAUCGAGGUGUCUAUGACAUCCGUCACCCCUACAACGACACCACCCCACCGACAUACUUUCUCGAUUACCUCAACCAAGCUUCCGUCCAGAACGCGUUGGGGGUCGACACCAACUACACGGCCGACGCGAACAACGAGGUAUACUAUGCCUUCCAACAGACUGGAGAUUUUGUUUUUAUCAACAUCCUGGAGGACUUGGAAACGAUCAUCAACAGUUCCUCUGUCCGCGUGACCCUCGCGUACGGUGACGCAGACUACAUUUGCAACUGGUUCGGCGGUGAGGCCGUCUCGCUUGCCGCGCAGUGGCCACACGCUGCCGAGUUCGCCGCUUCCGGGUACACGCCUUUCGUCGUUGAUGGUGUCGAGUACGGUGAGACUCGUGAGUAUGGCAACUUCUCCUUCACUCGAGUUUACGAGUCUGGUCAUGAAGUUCCAUACUACCAACCCGUCGCCGCUUUGGCACUCUUUGAACGUGCCAUCAAUGGUAUGGACAUUGCCACUGGCACCAAACCUGUCGAUGGUACCAACGGUGGUACGACCGGUGACCCUACGGCCACACACACUGAAUCAUCCGUGGCUCUACCUAGUUCCACUUCCGCGCCAAGUUCAAGUGCAGCAGUAGUUUUACCAAAGUUCAGAAGGUGGGAAUCUUGAUGCGCGGGGAAGCAACCAAAGGAGGAAGAUGUGACAUGGUGAUGGAUGUUGCUCUGAAUAAUUAAUGAAUAAUGGUAUUUAUCGUGUUUGAUCAAAA